UCUUCUUUUUUACUUUAAAUUAGUUUACUUCAAACUAACCAUACAGCAGUUCUGAUCUCAGACAUGAAAGUCUCGGUGUUAUUCACACAUCAUCGGGACGGGGGGAUAAGUAUAAGUUCUCCUGGCAACAUUUUAAAUAUAUAAUACAGUUUGAGAUGGUAACGUUACCACACACGAGGACUCUUCGUCUGCUUUCUUCUGAGCUUUUUAUCGUCCUGAUGGGAAUUCACACGUUUCGUGUCAUUAUGGGAUCUUAGCACUGACACAGAUGAACCUCUCUGAUUAUAUUUUCAUGUUUUUUUAUUAUCAUUUUGAUUCCUAAAUACGGGGGACGUGCUAAUAACACAACCCAGUGUUUAUAACGCGCUGUGAUAUGACUGAUUUUAUGAUCAGCAACGCAUCAAUGGAAGACGUGAGACUUAAUCCCGGCAAAGACCAUCUCACCUUCCAGAUCUUUCCCGACCCGUCCGACUUUGAACGCUGCUGUAAAUUGAAAGAUCGGCUGCCAUCCAUCGUAGUAGAAGCAACAGAAGGAGAGGUGGAGAGCGGGGAGCUCCGCUGGCCUCCAGAGGAGUUUAUCGUGAGCGAAGAGGAAGAUGAGAAGCGUGAUGAAAAAGUCCAGAACGGACAAAUGCACGAGACUCAGCAUUAGAGACAAUUGAACUGACGGUGUCUCUUAUACAUACAAACAAACAUACACACACUUAUUUGCACAAGCACAGAUGGGAUCAAUUAAUCACACAUCGCACAAUAAAGAUUGCAAACUGACAUGAAAAUAGUAGAAAAAAAACAAAAAAUCUUAAACCACAGGUCUGUGGUAGCGUUUUUUUCAGUCCCACGACAAACCCCAGGGGCAGAACUCACUAUAAAUUGUUUUCGGUCAGUGUUUUAAUGCAAGACCUUUCACCUAAAGGUGUGUGCGCGUGUUUUCAUGAUGCAGAAUGCAUUAAAUGUUUUUGAGUAUUACUGAGUACCCACUGUUGGCAUGCACAGGACAGUGGAGCCAUUUGAAGGAUAGACAAACGGUUCUUAUUGUGGGAACUAAAGUAAAUCAGGCGUUUAUCUUUAAUUUCUGGGGUUUCCAAAAGAAUACACACAAAUAACACAAUAUAGUAUCAUUAGCAUUUGUAAGGGAUGAAUUUCACUGUAGAUAUUUAACUGUAUAGCACUUCUGUCCUUACAGUCUGUCUUGGUAUGGAUAGCAGGUCAGUGGUCGUAAAUAUGACAGAAAACGUCGUUUGUUUUGAGUAGCACCAUCAACAGCACAAGUCUCUUUGUUGUCUGUUUUAUCUGUGAAGUCGAGAAAUGUUGUCUUUCACUUCACUAACAUGCAAGAGACUCUGAAAGCAGAACGUUGUCUUGACCCUUUCCCAAUAAGUCCAUUGUGAAUAAUGUGUGUUCACACAUGCUGUGUGUGAUAUUGUGUUUGUACGGCUCUGUGUUCAAUAUCUGUUUUCAGGUCAUUUGUUAAAUGCUCAGGGAGGAAAGUGAACCUUGUAUUUUUAUUUUGUAUGCACACCACUUUUUCUCUCUCUGAUUUAAAGUGCUAGCAAAUAAAUGUUCAAAUUGG